UAUUGACAGGAGGAGUCUCGUAUCCUCAGGGUGAAGGUGGUUUCUGGCAUUGAUCUAGCGAAAAAAGACAUCUUCGGAGCCAGUGACCCGUAUGUGAAACUUUCCUUGUAUGUAGCAGAUGAGAACAGAGAACUUGCUCUUGUGCAGACAAAAACUAUUAAAAAGACACUGAAUCCAAAGUGGAAUGAAGAAUUUUAUUUUAGAGUAAACCCAACCAACCAUCGUCUCCUGUUUGAAGUGUUUGAUGAAAACAGAUUGACUAGAGACGACUUCCUGGGCCAAGUGGAUGUGCCACUCAGUCACCUCCCGACUGAAGACCCAGCCAUGGAAAGGCCAUACACAUUUAAGGAUUUCCUUCUGAGACCAAGAAGCCACAAAUCUCGUGUAAAGGGUUUCUUGAGACUAAAGAUGGCUUAUAUGCCUAAAAAUGGUGGGCAAGAGGAAGACAACAGUGAUCAAAGGGAUGAAUCUGAGCAUGGGUGGGAUGUGGUUGAUUCCAAUGACUCCGCGUCUCAACGUCAGGAGGAGUUACCACCUCCUCCACUGCCUCCUGGAUGGGAAGAAAAGGUGGACAACCUGGGAAGGACUUACUAUGUCAACCACAACAACAGGACCACUCAGUGGCACCGACCCAGCAUGAUCGAUGUGGGCUCGGACUCAGAUAACAACAUCAGACAGAUAAACCAGGAGGCAGCCCACAGGAGGUUCCGCUCCCGCAGACACAUCAGUGAGGAUCUGGAACCAGAGCCAACGGAAACUGGAGACAUUCCUGAGCCGUGGGAAACCAUUUCAGAGGAGGCAAGUGCAAGUGGAGAUGCCUUGAGCUUGUCGUUGCCACCUCCUCCCGCCUCUCCAGUGUCCCGCACCAGUCCUCAGGAGCUGUCUGAGGAGCUGAGCAGAAGACUUCAGGUCACUCCAGAUUCCAACGGGGAACAACUCGGUUCUUUGGUUCAAAGAGAUCCUUCUUCAAGAUUAAGGUCUUGCAGUGUAACAGACACAGUUGCUGAGCAGUCUCAACUAUCCCUGCAGAGUGGUCCAUCUAGGAGAGCUCGUUCUUCAACUGUGACAGGUGGUGAGGAGCCAACGCCUUCUGUGGCCUAUGUGCACACCACCCCGGGCCUGCCCUCGGGCUGGGAGGAGAGGAAGGACACCAAGGGCCGGACGUACUACGUGAACCACAACAACCGAACCACAACCUGGACACGGCCCAUCAUGCAGCUUGCAGAAGAUGGCAUGGUUGGGACAACAGCAAACAGCAGCAACCAUCUAAGUGAGCCCCAGAUAAGGCGGCCUCGAAGCCUCAGUUCACCCACAGUGACUCUGUCUGCUCCACUAGAGGGCAUGAAGGACUCCCCGGUGCGCAGGGCGGUGAAGGACACGCUGUCCAACCCCCAGUCCCCCCAGCCCUCACCCUACAACUCCCCCAAGCCCCAGCACAAGGUGGCCCAGAGCUUCCUGCCGCCCGGCUGGGAGAUGCGGAUUGCGCCCAACGGCCGCCCCUUCUUCAUCGACCACAACACGAAAACCACCACCUGGGAGGAUCCACGAUUGAAAUUUCCAGUGCAUUUGAGAUCAAAAGCAUCUCUGAACCCUAAUGAUUUGGGCCCUCUUCCUCCUGGUUGGGAGGAAAGAAUACAUUUGGAUGGAAGGACGUUUUAUAUAGACCAUAAUAAUAAAAUUACCCAGUGGGAAGACCCCAGACUGCAGAACCCGGCAAUUACUGGUCCAGCAGUCCCAUAUUCCAGGGAGUUCAAGCAGAAAUACGACUAUUUCCGGAAGAAGUUAAAGAAACCAGCUGAUAUACCAAACAGAUUUGAGAUGAAGCUACACAGAAAUAAUAUUUUUGAGGAGUCCUACAGAAGAAUCAUGUCUGUGAAGAGACCUGAUGUACUAAAAGCCAGGCUCUGGAUUGAAUUUGAGUCAGAAAAAGGACUCGACUAUGGAGGUGUGGCCAGAGAAUGGUUUUUUCUCUUGUCCAAGGAGAUGUUUAAUCCCUAUUACGGUCUCUUUGAAUAUUCAGCAACGGACAACUACACACUUCAGAUUAAUCCUAAUUCAGGUCUUUGUAACGAAGAUCACCUGUCGUAUUUCACGUUCAUUGGCCGGGUGGCGGGCCUGGCCGUGUACCAUGGGAAGCUGCUGGAUGGCUUCUUCAUUAGACCAUUUUACAAGAUGAUGCUGGGGAAACCAAUAACUCUGAAAGACAUGGAGUCAGUGGACAGUGAAUACUACAACUCUUUGAAGUGGAUCCUGGAAAACGAUCCUACAGAGCUGGAUCUCAUGUUUUGCAUAGAUGAGGAAAACUUUGGACAGACAUACCAAGUGGACCUGAAGCCAAACGGGUCGGAAAUCAUGGUGACCAACGAGAACAAGAGGGAGUACAUCGACCUGGUCAUCCAGUGGAGGUUUGUAAACAGAGUUCAGAAACAAAUGAAUGCUUUUUUGGAGGGAUUCACAGAACUUCUUCCCAUUGAUCUGAUCAAAAUUUUUGAUGAAAAUGAACUAGAGUUACUGAUGUGUGGCCUUGGCGACGUUGAUGUGAAUGACUGGAGACAACAUACAAUCUACAAAAAUGGUUACUGCCCAAAUCAUCCCGUUAUCCAGUGGUUCUGGAAGGCCGUGCUGCUGAUGGACGCGGAGAAGCGCAUCCGGCUGCUGCAGUUCGUGACCGGGACGUCGCGGGUGCCCAUGAACGGGUUUGCGGAACUGUACGGUUCAAAUGGGCCUCAGCUGUUUACAAUAGAGCAAUGGGGAAGUCCUGAUAAACUGCCCAGAGCUCACACGUGCUUUAAUCGCCUAGACUUACCUCUGUAUGAAUCCUUUGAAGAUCUGCGGGAGAAGCUCCUCAUGGCAGUAGAAAACGCUCAGGGCUUUGAAGGGGUGGAUUAAGGCCCUUCCC